AACAAUUCUAGGUUUUUUCGCCUCUGGCAGGCGUACGAUCUCCAUGGGUUUAGAAGGCGAUUUAUCGCCGUUUUCGCGAUCCAGAUCAAUUAAAAGAUUCACAUUGUUUCAGGCGAUUUUAGACAUAGGAUCUAUGGCUGAGUAGAACUAGUAUGUCUUUCUAAAUUGAAAUUUUUUUAUAUAGGGGUACGGUACAACCCGACCACUGAAUGAUUUGUAUUGCUGACGAUUGCUGUAGCUGUUGUCGGAGAGGUCCUACUGUUUCUAAAUGAAUGAGCUUGAUGACUGACUUUGUUAUCUUUCCUCUCUAGAACUACUAGGUAAUACAUAUGUUUGCUCGCUGCUGUCUCCACAGUCGAUAGAGAUGCCUUCUUUGUGAACCCUAUGCGAGAAAGGGGGGAGACGAGGUUGACCUGGUGGUUGAAUCGUUACUAGUGCGGGAACACCAGCAACGUCAACAAGCAUGGUGUGCGUGAAUAGUCCGCCGUCUGGCGGAGGUUUGCUUCGGCGCGGUUCCUGGUUAGGGCGCGGGAGUGCUGGCGGUUCACCAUCUAAGAUCCUGGAGAGGUUGCAGAAAGAACAACCCGCUGAGGAGAAGACAGCAGCUUUGCUCACAUUGGCAUUCGACUUACACCAGGUACCAGAUGAUCAAACUUCUGGCGGCUCAUCGUCGUCACAUGUGCUUAAAAUGGUGCAGCCACGAGGCAGCUCGUUGGAUCUAGGAAGUCAUCUGCAAAGCGGUGGAGCAGGUAUGUCGAGUAUGUCCGGCGCAUCUGGUUCGACAACAGGAGGGGCUUUUUCAGCCUUUCUAGGAAGUGCAGGUAGCUCAUUUGAUGGAGGUGUAGUUACCAACACCGGCGGUUCGAACAGGAAAGGGUCUAGUUCAGCUACAGGCAUGUCAUGGUCCAUGCUGGACGAAAUCAGCGACCGUCGGACGCCUUCUUUUUCCUCCUCUGGUGCUUUCGGUGCUCUCACUAAACUUCUGCAGUUUCUCUCGAGGUGUAAGAAAGACAAUGCUCAGCGAUUGGAGUUGCAACGAGCGAGAGGCGGCGAUGUUUUCGUGGCUAUAGCGGCUGACCGUUUUGUUUCGCUGUUGCAUGAGGUGGCUUUUUUUCAGCGGAUAGGAAACUUCGAGAAAAACUUCUUCUCAGCACUGCCAGACAAACUGUGUGCGCGAUCGGACAGUACUAUUGAAACUAGAUUGUGAUGCUUGUUGAGAGUUUGCAGGUCCGACAUUUCAAUGGGGAUGAUUCAGAGUAAGUAUAAUCGUCUUUCACCACCCUUCUAAGUAUUCCAUUUCGAAAAAUCAGAUCUCAUAGCCGAGCCUGACGCUGUCAUGGGCCUCAGAUGGGACGUUGUCGAAUGCAUCCUCAACCUCGUAUUUGCUGUCCCGAUGAACCCUGAAGUGUCGCAAGUCCGCGAAGCCGCAGUCAGAGACUUUUUGCCAUGUUUGUGCGCUAAAGUUCGCAGGUGUUGUGACAUGCUACUAGCUGGGCACAAGUCUGGAUCCUCCGGGAAUAGAACUAGAGCCGAUCAUGGAGGUGCAGGGGGACAUAAAGUUAGGCUGAGGAAGAACAAUAGGGUGGAAUGUUGUACGUAGCUUUCAGUAGUACUUGGCUGUAACUACCUCAGAAAAUGAGCAUCACGAUGGAAAAACGUAAUGAUUUAAUUAGGAGUGCGGCGCAUUGAUCGUCUCAAUAAUUGAAGACUCAAUUAUUUGAACCAAGGACGUCGUGAUCAUGGAUGAUUUGAGGAUGCGUUGUUUUCUGCCUCUAACAUCCGCGGUGACAAAGUUAGCAGAGCAUUAGAGGACGCAAGCGAUCGCGUGCUUCGGAUGCUACGGGUAGUACGCCUUUUCCCGACCCUCGAGCUCGACGAUGCUCCGAAAGAGCGUGUUCGCAUUCUAGCAAGAGAGCUGUGGCCAUCAUUGCGAGACGUUUUAGGCCAAAAGAUAGAAGAAGGAAGAGCACAGCUAGCGUGUCCUGGUGGGCUUAGCAAGAGAAGACUAGAGCGGAAAGAAAGUAGCGGCCCAGAUGUUGAUCUGAGCAAUUAUUCUGGAAUCGCGAUGGGAGACGCAUCCUCCAUGAACCCUAGUAGUGCGACUCCUUGUUUUGGGGGAGUAGCGUUUGGUGGAGGAGAUCAGAUGAACAACAAUUCAUCAGGUCAACUACAACAGUUGACGCCGACAAAUAGUACUCCAGGAUUUUCACCGUCAAGUAGUAGUUCAAGCGGCGGUGCGGGAUCGUCGCUGUCUCAGAGGCUGAAGCGAGCAGGGACGCAAACGCAGAAGUUAUUUCUUUUAGUGGAGCAUCGAUGCGGGUGUAGGUUGUGGGACGUGGUAACCGAAGUGUUGCAGCUCGGUUUGACUGCGUUGCCACCCUCCACGGAGCGAAGGGCUCUCGCGGUGGAUUUUGUGAGUCUGUGUCAGGUACCCUUGAGACUCCACGUGGCUGAGUCGGAUGCGCUGGAGCAAGAAGUUUACAGAGACUUUGCGCGUGGUGCUGGCUACGGAGGUACUAACAGAGGAGGUGCUCAACUACAUGGUUCGAAACUUCUGUAUGGCGGAGCCAACACUGAUGUUGGGGUUGGACAUGGAGAUCCUACUAAGAGAGGCCGUCCGUUGAGGCGUAAUCAAAAGGUCGUUCUCAGUCCCGAACGUUCCAACUUACGAGACAGCUAUGUUGGUGCGUGCUAUUGGCGUCACGGCAACGCAUCGUUGAUGCGGGCUCUCGGUUUUUUAGACUAUGGUGGAUUAACAUAUGGUGGUUUGGUCGCAGAUAGCUGCUUAGCUGCGGAAGAAGACGAAGAGGGGAGUUUUGGUGGGAAUGAAGGAGCUUCGUUUAAUCAUUUUGAGGGUACUACUUCUGGCAGUUUGUCGUCGUCAUCCUCUUCGCAACCGAGGCCUGAGUGUCUAUCGGAUUUCGUUUCCGGUGACGCAUUACGUGAAUUCGUAGGAAGCUCCAGUCCCACGGAUGAAACCGAUGACCGUCUGUUCGAUCUUUUAGGAAUAGUGCGGGCUCCAGUGGUUAACAAGAUGAAAAGUAGUAGUAGUUCGUCUAGUGUUGCUACUACUCUAGGCGCUGCAGCGUCAUCUUACCCUCCUGCCACGCCAGCAGCAGCAGCUGCGCCAGAAACGCCAAGAAGAGGGGGAAACCGUGGCACAGUGUCGCAAUCUGAAGACGGGAUUCUAGGACACGGCGAAGCAGUGACACCAGCGAGGCAAGCAGGCAAAAGUAGUACGCCUUUUGCGGUGCGAGCUGUGACCAGUAAUUGGACACCUAUAAAAGGAGGCAAUGUUUUUAAGGCUCACAAUAUUUUUUCCCUUUCGCAGAGUCUCUGUCUCAGUUUCCUGCUUCCAUUCUGAGACAACUAUGAACGUACUAGAAGAUAGUGAACUAUUAUGUUGAGCGCUAAAAACAGUGCUGAUGCGGGAGAUGGUAUUGGAGGGAGAGGAGGUGCUUCUCGCAGUUCCCAAGCAUUUGCGUCUCGUAUCAUGGGUCGUUCAUCUCUUACGUCUGCCUCGCUGUCACGACCAGGAGGCGGCGCCAGCUUACAAGCUCUGCGCAGUCAACUCGUAGCCGGACGCACACCGGCACGGCCACAGCAGAACAAAAACGCUCCAUCGAGUAGGUUAGGUCGCGUCUAUCAACAUCUCCUACCCAGUUCAGAAUUUGUGGAGCUGUUGCGUCAAUGUUGUUUGAUUCUAGCAGAUGUUGCGCAGAGCGUCACAGAUAGCCUCGAUAGCGCAGAUGCAGCUUUUAGUAAUGCUAGGAUACGCAUUUGUCCUGCACCCACUGGAACAACAACUUCCGUAGAAUCCCCACUAGAUCCUUCAACAUCCGCGUCGAAUCUGGCCUCCAUAUCUGGAGUGUGUCGUCAACCAGUGCAUCGACAAAGCUGUAAUAGACGGUCUUCUAUUGGCGGCGGUAGUGCUGUUGCUGUUGCAGGUGGGAAUCUAGCAGCAAUGGAUGGAACAAGUAGUAGUACAACAACAAUAGGUGGGUACUCGUCCUCAAUCUCAACAUCAAAUGACGUAGACCCGGUUGCUGUGUUGAAGAGAGAAUUGUUCGGAGGAGGUGACUCAUCUGGUGGAUGUACUACCCCUAUUUUUGGCACACCGUCGCCUUGCCUGAACAAAAACUCCUUAGCACUACUAGGGUCGUUGCUGGACAUAUUACGUGCGGACGACGCUAUUGCUAAAUUUCAUGCGGAGUGGAACCCACGGCUGUCGGGAUCUGCAUUACUGUCGGGACCAGCAGUGUCACAGCCGGUUGUGGCUGUCUUGGAAGCAUUAGCGGCUGCAGCGAGCACGAGUGAGGAUUGCGAUGCAUUGAUGCGUACGUGUGGUGUUGUGCCUGGGGUCUUAGGAAAAUGCAUAAGAUCAGGAGAUUCUUCUGCGAUCGCUGCGGUUUUGUCGCGAAUAGCCGUGGCGCCUGCGGGUGCAGCUGGUUUUUUUGCAGAUACGAGACGCUUAGACACUCACGGCUAUUUGUUUUGCACAAAUACGGAGGGGAACGGAUCUUCACCUAAUAGCAGUAGUAGCAAAAUAGGAGCAGCAGGAGUCGCCGGGUCUUCGAUGAUCCACAGCAGUGUGCCUGGAGUCGAUCAGUCAGAUUACUUGUUGCAGAUAAUGACAGCAGGUCGUAACGAGCAGUUUGGUGGAGCAGUGAGUAGUACAGGAGGUGGUAAUUAUCCUGGAAUAGGAAGUUGUAGUUCAUUUUUUGGUGCGAACCAGCUGUAUCCAACGGAAAACAUGGAUGAAACCGCAGCCAUGCCGCCACCCCCACCUCGUGCCGCAAUCUUGCGUAGUCUGUCAACGUCGUCUACCAGAAAUCAACAUGGUACUCGGAAUUCUGUUGGUGCUGGUUCUUCACUGAGUCUUGGUGUAUCUACCACUUCCUCUUUCGGAGGAUCUCCCUUGGUAUGCUGGGCAGACUGGUUACUCACUUUAUCGAGUGAUAGCUAUUCUCCGACGAUAGGGGUACUUCUUCAAGCAGUAGCGAAUCCAGUACAACGCGAUCCUUUUCGAUUCGAUACGUGGAUUGCAGAUAGCGGAUUUGUAGCAAGACUCACGGGAUGGAUCAAGUACUACUCUGGAAUCUCCUAUGUUUUGUCUCGUCUUGCUCUUCUUUUUAGAAGGUACAAGAGGACUGGAUCACCUCACAACUGCUUGACCACGUAGUAAGAUGAGGGCACAUGGCAUGACAUAAACCCAGUCGUGUUUGGUGGUGUUGAGAGACCCCUAAUUAUGAAGUUGAAGGAGAGACACUGCCUAUGAAGUUGAAGUUGAGGAUUCUCGACGAUGUGUAGAGUCAUGAUGCUUGUAACUUAUCGAUCACGUCAGCCCCGUUUCUACACACUUCAGGUCUCAGCGAUUAACCCUGCAACUGCAAGGCGACGUUGGCGAUCGAUGGCGCAACUUGUAUUGGAUGCUAGCCAGUGCCUCCGCUUGUCUCGAAGUUUCUACUGAUCAUCCUGCUUUGCUUACUGAGCUCCAGUGUCUCCUUGCUCGCCUCUCCCGACCUCAAGGUAAAAAGAAGACCCUUCGUCGCCAGCAUGCGAUAUUAGUCUCUACUGGCGCGUCUAGCUGUUCUGAACAUGACCCAAAUAAUCCGGGGACAGCUUCUAGGUGGUUGGCGAAAGCCCAAACACUAGGUCAUAUGCAAAGACGGGAGCAUGAAAUGUCAUUGAACGACGACAUGACUCGGAGUAGUAGACUUAUGGGUAGUGCCAACCCACCUCUUACACCAUCUUUUAGCCAAUUCCCUCCUGGAACAAGCUAAAAGGUGUUCUAAAAGAUGGGUUGUCCGUACCUCUAAUAGACCCUUAGCAGGUCUAGCAGGUCGUGAUCGUCGCGUGGAUUUGACCAGUGGGCCAGGAAGUGAACUGUGGUCAAACGCCUCAGUGUCAUCGACGAGUAGUGAUGUGGGGUCGGAGGGGAGUACAACUGCGGGAGCAAAUAGCCUGAUGACCGUGGAGCAAGGAAAUAGUGCCAUGAAUGGUGCGGGAGGUGCAGUAUCUGACAUCACAGGAGUGCCUCAAUCUGCCGACCAAGGUACUGUCACAUCUAUGCUAGAGCAGCUCGUGCGAAAAUACGCACCAGAGGAGGGUGCCGGGUAUCGCCCGAAAAUGGCUCGAGCGAUUAGCUGUAGGCCGACGCCUUAUAUGUAA